GUGUCAGAAGGGCUUGUGCGGAGGGCGAGUGGGGCAAGGACAGAGGCCGGGCCGGGCCGGGAGGGGCGUAGCGUGCCGCGGCACCUCCUUUACCAACACGGCCUCGCCGGCGGGGUCCGGCCAUCUUGGUAAAGGCCAAAGCAGCGGCCAGCCCGGGGCUGCCGGGUUCGCUGGCUGGGCUGCCGGAUUCGAAGGUCACAAUGAGUGAGUGAUCGGGCGACGUGGAGCGGAACCUAGCUCGGCCAGGGCCCCGCGCGGCCUCGGGCCGCCGGGUGGGCUGCGGCGCCUGCUCGGCCCUGGGAUGGUGAGGCGGCGAACGCUGAGGCGCUGCCUGCAGCUGCUGGCGCCCUUGGCGGAGCCGGCGCGGCGGGGCCGGGGGCGGAGAAACUCGGGCGCCGGCCUCCGUGGCCGCUCCCGCUGCGCUGGGGCGCUGUGGCCAGUAGCCGAGGAGCAGCAGCAGCAGAAGCGGCGGCGCGCGCGCCUGACCGCCCCCCGCGCCUGGUCUUCACCAAAGAACAUGGAUGAAAAUGAAACCAACCAGCCCCUGAUGACAAGUAACCAGUAUCCUAAAGAAGCAGUAAGAAAGCGCCAAAAUUCACGGAAUUCUGGAGGAAGUGAUUCUUCUAGGUUUUCCAGGAAGAGUUUCAAACUGGAUUACAGACUAGAAGAAGAUGUAACUAAAUCAAAGAAAGGAAAGGAUGGGAGAUUUGUUAACCCUUGGCCAACGUGGAAAAAUCCCUCUAUUCCAAGUCUUCUCAGAUGGGUGAUAACGGAAAGAGAUCACAGCAGUGUUCCAUGCUCCAAAGAGCUUGAUAAAGAACUCCCGGUGCUUAAGCCAUAUUUUAUUGAUGACCCUGAAGAAGCUGGAGUGAGGGGAGCUGGCUUAAGAGUCACAUGGCUGGGACAUGCAACAGUCAUGGUGGAAAUGGACGAGCUCAUCUUGCUCACAGAUCCCAUCUUCAGUGCUCGGGCCUCCCCAUCGCAGCGCGUGGGUCCCAAGCGGUUUCGUCGUGCCCCAUGCACUGUCGAGGAGCUGCCCCGGAUAGACGCAGUCCUUGUCAGCCACAACCACUACGACCACCUGGACUACAAUUCUGUCAUCGCUCUCAAUGAGCGAUUCGGUAACGAGCUGAGAUGGUUUGUGCCCUUGGGGCUCCUGGACUGGAUGCAGAAAUGCGGCUGUGAGAAUGUGAUCGAGCUGGACUGGUGGGAGGAGAACUGUGUCCCCGGACAUGACAAGGUCACCUUUGUGUUCACGCCUUCCCAGCACUGGUGUAAAAGGACCCUGAUGGAUGACAACAAGGUUCUCUGGGGCAGCUGGUCUGUCUUGGGGCCUUGGAACCGAUUUUUCUUCGCAGGAGAUACUGGUUAUUGCUCUGCUUUUGAAGAGAUAGGAAAAAGAUUUGGCCCUUUUGACCUUGCAGCUAUUCCCAUUGGCGCGUAUGAACCAAGGUGGUUUAUGAAGUACCAGCAUGUAGACCCAGAAGAGGCUGUAAAGAUUCACAUUGAUGUUCAGGCAAAGAAGUCUGUGGCAAUUCACUGGGGAACUUUUGCCUUAGCAAAUGAGCAUUAUUUAGAGCCUCCAGCAAAACUGUGUGAAGCUCUAGAAAAAUACAGACUUAAGACUGAGGAUUUUCUUGUCCUGAAGCACGGCGAAUCAAGAUACCUUAAUACUGAUGAUGAAGAUGUUGAGUAAUAUGAACACAAGAGCUUUUCAUGAAAAAGGCAUCAUUUGAUACAUAUGUGAGAAGACUAAGAAAUUCAUGAAUAUUAUGAUUUUUUACAUUUGGAAGCAACUUCUGUAGAUUUAUGUUCUGUUAUCAGUAUGAUACUAAUAUGAUUGCUGGUCCAUAUAAACAAUAGUUCAGAGGUGGGUCAUUAAAAUCCACAUAAGCCAACUCAUUAUUUAAGGUCCUGUCUCAGUGACAAACACUGCAAUGGGUUUUUUUUUUUUAACUAAAGCAUUCUACUUUCAUGGUAGAGUUUCGAGGUUAUGAAAAACUGAUUUUAAAAACUCACUCCUCUUUUUAUUCUUAGGGGCCUUCUGCAAGGUAAGUCAAGGUUAUAUACCUACCUUGAUUUUCUUAGAGGCCUGCACAGAGAAACAUUUUUCAUAGUCACAGAGUAAAUGAUGACAUUGAUUCCCAUAUGCUUAUAGCAAUUUGUGGUCUAUUAAGAUUAUGCCAAAUGGUAAGUGAUUUAUUUUUUUAAACAUAAAAACAUAGGAGUUUUGGCUAAGUUACCAUUUGUAAAGACAAUUUUUUAAAGAGAGGAACAGUAUGUUCUAUGGCACAUCUACAAUCCUUAUGGCAGAAGCUCUCUGAGCUGGGAAGUGUGGUUAUGAGACAUGACUUAUGAAAUUUUUGGUUUUUAAUUUAAAAGUCAGACCUGCUCAGCACAAAUAUAGCUGCAAGGAAAUAAUUUAAAAAGACAAAUGCACAUCUUAUAUGUUGAUAGACCAUAUACUUUGGAUUUUAAUUUUUUCCCUAUUCCAUCUCCUUUCUAUGUAUGUAUACUCUUUUUUUUCUGGCAAAGGGCAGAGAGAAACAAAAAUGGAAAAAGAUUAAGCACACCUAUAUUUGAGGGGAUAGUUCAAACAAGAUUUCAACUAAAAUAACCAACAUAGCCUGCUUAAAAUAACUCCAAUGUCAGCGAGAUUUAUAAGUAUUUUAUGUUUUACAUGAGUGUGAUGUCUUAUAUUUUUAUAUCAAAUGAUCCUUAAGCACGGUUCUACCUGUAUUAAGCCAGUGUGGGAUGUUAGUGGUUAAAAAGAGACAGUGAUUUAGUUGUAGAUGGGCUCUGCAGGCACUUGGUGACUGUGACCGUUCCUAAGGGGGAGAGCCGAGCAGAAGCCUGUUCUGUCUUCCUGAUCAAGUCUCAAUAAAAUGAAUUUUAUUCAUACAAAAUCAAGUACAGGUUUUUCUACACCAAAUGCUACCCAGGCAGUGCCCUGUAAUAUAUGCACGUUGGCCACUCAGUCUGAACUUCAGUCCUGCCUCCACCGUGGGCUCUCUGUGUGCCUCAGUGUCCUCACAUGCGACAAGAGGACGACUCCCACCUACCUCCAAAACUGAACAAAUAGUAGUCAUUGGUAAAAUAGAUUUGAAAGCGGAAAACAGGCUACUGCUUUUGAUAUGUUUUGAUAUAUUCAGGCAUAUAUAGGGGCAGUAAAACAUUGAGGACUUACAACUUUAUCUCCUGCAUUUUGUAAAUUUGCAGUUACAGCCAAAAUAAAUGUAAAUAAUGUUUAUAAAAAUUUCAGUAUUUCUAGCUACCAAGAUGCAGCAAAUCUGUUAAGGGGAAAUGUAUAUGAUUUGAGGGCACUAAAGCACAUAAAAUUUCCCCCUAAAAUAAACCUUCAGAAAAAAAAAACAAACCCAACACUUUGACUCCAAAGGAAUAUUUCGCAAGCAGACAGGAGUCAAGAUGUCAGGCUUAUUGGUGGAUUAGCUCUGGCUCGUGUUGCCCUAAUACUAGCCUGUGCUCUGUGGUCACUUUCCUCGCUUGCAUGCCAGACUGAAAUUCAUCUCUUGCCUCAUCUCUGUGAAGCAAGCCAUGCACAUCUUGCUUAGUUAUUUUUUCUCCUUGAAUGGCUGAGGGUCUCCAAGCACUUUCAUUGGACCUGCCUCAUUUUUCUAGGCUUCCUCCAUGCUUUAAUUUUUAUCAACAUUCGCAUUCUUUCCACUUUGGCAUUUUGUUCCUUAAGUACAUUGAGCUUCAUUUUUCCUAUCUUACAUUUUGAAGGGUUUUAUGUGCAAACAAAAAUUUUGAAAAAUUAGACAAAUCCCCUCUGUUCCCUCCAGUUUGAUACCUUUCAUUUGUCUCAUCCUCUAAGUCAAUUUCAUUUUUCUCUUUGAUUAGCCAGCUCUCAUAAUAUACAGCUAGUUGAUAAUUUUCAUCAUAUACUGAAUGUUUUCUACUGUAAAAAAUAUUUCUGCCAAGUUUCAUUUCUCCUGUGGUUGGAGGAACACUUUGAUAUUCAUUGCCCAAGAGGGUGGGGCUGUCAAAUAGGACCAACUAAAAAAGUAAGAUGUGCCCUGACCUACAAAGGUAAAAAUCUAACUGCAUUUUCACUGUGUAAUUCUGUCUAGAUAGUAAAAAUGACUCCCCCAUGCCGAUUUUCUCUAGCAGUCUGACAUUUCAAACUCAAUGCUCUGAUCUCCAGGAAAUGUUAUUUGUUGGAGGAAGAGAAUGGGCGGAGUUUUAGAAUCCAGUGCUGCUACAGCACAUUAAAAUCUAAUCUUGAUUUUUAAUGUGUGUACAUUUUGAAUAUAUAUUUUCAUUAACUGAGGAAGACUACACAAAAUUGUUAUAAAGAAAUGUGCCUUUCAGGGAAGUAAUACGUUUGCAUCACUGAAAAUGAUUCUUAGCUCUCAUAAUGUACAGCUAGUUGAGAAUUUUCAUCAUAUACUGAAUGUUUUCUACUGUAAAAAAUAUUUCUCCCAAGUUUCAUUUCUGUAUCAGUAUAACCCUGAGAAAGCACAUUUUUCUGUUUGAGGAUUUGUAACUUCCUAUGGAAAUCUAUGUAUUUAGAAAUGAAAUUCAAAGUACUCUUGCCUUAAAUAUAUGAAUAGGAAACCUUCUGCUUGCAAACUGAUUUACUUAAUAACUAAGCAUGGUGGUGGUCAUGAACUUGAAUAUUACAAAACAUGGGGAUGUGGGGUGGAGAAGGGGAAGUCAAAUAUAGCAAAUUGUUACAAUAGCUUAUGAGACAAAGAUACUAUUUAAAAUAACUGCUGAGAAUUUUUAUAAUUUUAGUUAUGUAAAAUAUAGAUGAAAAUUAAUGAAUAAAACUUUUCA